GUCCACUGUUCGGAACUGGUGUGUAGGUUUUCACAAUUCCUCCUUGGCAUUGGCAUUGGCAUUGACAUUGCUUAAACCCUUUCAUCUACGACUUCCAACCCCUCACAUACAACUUCUAUAUAGGUCCGUUCGCAUUUUCAUUCUCCUAUUUUAGAUCGAUCUGAUGAUUAUCUUUUUUGAUUGAAUCAUUGAAUCUCAUACGUACGUCCCCUAAUUAGGAUGUAGAGUUUUUUGAGUAGCUGUAAUUGUUGGUGAACUCUUCCCUCACCCGAAUGCAAGUUAUCAAAGGAGGUUUGCUAGGGCAAACCUUUGCCCUAGCAAAAUCCAAUGACUCUGCAGGAGGGAAAAGAUCAAGAAGACGCUCAAAAGAGGAAAGAAAAGAAAUGGUGGAGGCUUUUAUAAAGAGAUAUCAGGGGUCAAAUAAUGGAAGUUUCCCAUCACUGCGUCUCACACGCAAGGAAGUUGGUGGGUCCUACUACACAGUGCGUGAAGUUUUUCGUGAGCUAAUUCAGGAGAAUCGAGUCCUGGCCCCACCUAAAUUGCCUCCAAGUGAGGAGAACAUGGAGAAUCUAGAUAGCUUCUUGGAAAACUAUCAAUUGGGUUCCAUUUCAUUUGAUCCAAAAGACAACCAAACCCUACUUAAAGAGUAUGAGCUAAGACGGGAAAAAGUUUUGAGUUCAAGAAAGAUCUCUGAACUGCAAAGAUGGAAUCUUGAUGAUGAUGAUAUUAUGAUUAAUGGGAGUAUUCAUACAAAAAUGAAAAAUGAAGAAUUUGAAGAUCCAGGAUAUAAUAAUGGAAGUUUGGAUAGUGGAGUUGAAGAACCAGUGCAUACAGAAUUACUAAUGGAACAGGCUAUGGAAGGACAAAAAGAUGAAACAGAAGAAGUUGAAGUGCAUCAAGGUCAAAUACGUCAUUUGUCAGAAGAUGUAGUGGUAGAGACUUUUCCAUUGAGACCUGUUUCUAGCAUGGUUUAUAACAUUGAUGAGAAAACUAGUGAGAAAGAAGUAUUGGAUGGUGGUAAUGAUGAAAGAUUUGUUCAGGAUGAAAUCAAAGAUGUUAAAUUUGAGGAAACAUUGCCUGCUGAAGACAAAGCAUCCAGUAUCCCUAAUCAUGGUUCUUUAAGCAAUGAAUCAAGGGAAGCAGCAGGAAUAAAGAAAUCAGAGAGGCAAGAAACUAAUCCGAUUGUGUCAUUCACCAAAACGUUCUUUGCUGCAUUCAUGAAGUUAUGGUCUGAAUAAAUAUUCAACUUCAGGUUUGCUCCUGUAUAAUAUGGAUUUAAUUAAUUGGGGUUGGAAGAAAAUAAUUUUGAUAUGUUUCUUUCAAAGAAAGUCAUUAAGGUUCAAAGUUGGGUUAUUAAUGUGCGUAUUAGCAAUAGAAGACAGGAGGCAAACUUCCAUUUUUGGUUGCGGGGCGAAACAUAAAUAUGUAUUGUAAUAUUUAUUUUCUUUGUGCAAAACCUGUAAUGGCUUUGGCAUCAUCCGUUUAUUAUUCAAAAUAUUUGGAAAUGUUUUGUUCGUUUAUGCCAAAAACUCGCGAAGAUAUAGCGUGGUUUUUUUUGUUAGAAAGAGUAUCCUUAUUUGACUUGCGAAUGAUGUCCUUAGCAUGAAAAUGUAAGCAGUUUGGCUUUAUUUCAAAAAAAGUAAUAGAAACGUAUGCACGAUUUACUAUUUA